UUAUACGGUAAUUGUGUAUACAAUCAAAUCUAUAUAUACAUAUAGUUUAUAGUUUUGAUAAUUUACAAUAUUUAUCCCCCAUAUUGUAUACUGCGUGAUGUUAUAAUGCUUCUGCGCCUGUGUUUUAUAAAUGAAAUGUUUAAUCUACAAGUGGUUCUUCUCUUGGCAGGACUAAAACUAGCAACUACCUAACAGUCGACGUUUUUACGUUCACAGUUACACAUCUGCACAACACAAAAAGUGAGUACAGCAAUAUUAAUAUGAACAUUUUAUAUUACAUCGUUAUAUUUAGUUUUAAAUUUAUUUCAACUAUUACUAUAAUUUAAUUUAAUAUACAAUAUUAAUAUUUAAAACUUUUUGUAAACUAUACGAACACAAUAGUUUUUAUUAAUAUUCGCGUACAAAAUAAACACUAUCUAUUAGUUAUGUACCGAUUGCACCUAUUUGGAUUACAAUGCAAGUAUAUAGGCAUUCACUUUCCAAAUAUUUUCAAAGUAAAACAUUUAAAUUAGCAAUUGUAGUAUUUUUGUGUAAUUAUUUUCUAAAUCGCAUAUAAGAUAUAAUUAAAAAAUAUAUCAACAAAAUACUCGCGAUUAUUUUUUUCAUACAAUCGUAUAAAUAGAAUUUCAUUGUUUUGGCAUUUGGCCAGGGAUUAUAAAGUAGUCACUCACUUAUUCUGACACUCUCUAUUCCUAAUUUAAGGCCAAAUUGGUUAAAGAUCGCCAGUUUGCUUUGUUUCUUUGUUAUACACAAAACGAAAAAUGUACACACGUUUAGAGAUACUCGUGCGAUAAAUAAAACGUGCUACACAUCAUUAAUAAGCAUAGACCAAUAGUUUUACGAUUAAUAUGAAUACUUAGUAAUUAGUAUCUUUAUUUUAAUAUACACGAAUUGAAAUAUUUUACUUGACAUACAUAACAUUUAACACCGAAAUUAUGAUAUAAUUAUAAUUAGUAUGUGGUAUUGACGAUAUCGUAUAUAAUAAUAUAAUAAUGCCAUAUUUAUAUUAAUUUUUUUUACUGAUUAGAAUAUUCUAUUGAACUGGUUAAGAUGUUCGAUUUUGAUUUCUGUAGAACACAACAUAUUAUAUUAAAAGUGGUUUUAAUAUGAGGCACCACAUAGUGGUCACCUCGAGGUCAUAAUGAAGAUUUAAUUAUUUUAUAUUCUGAAGAAAAAAAAUGGAUUUUUAUAAAUUUAUUGCACAUACCUAAUUAUAUAGGCAUACCCAGUGGUUUUUAAACUUAUUUUUGACCACGGCACACUGUGGCUUUUUUUUUGGUUUUGUUUAAUUUUUUGCAUAAAAGCUAAUAACAAAAUUAACGAAUCAUGUUCAAACGAGUCAUACUAAAAAGAAUUACGACUUCAUACUACUUAACGAACGGAACACCGUAACCGAUGGUUCUUCAAAAUUUAAGGAAAACAAAUUUCAAAAGACCGCAACACACCUGUAUAGUGGAUACUCCCAAUUUGAAAAUCACUGUUUUAGCUGAUUCUUAAAACGUAUUCCUGAUUGUGGGAACCUAAAGUUUUGGUCGAUAUUUAUCUUCAUCAGUUCUUGCGUCUGUAUAAUUAACUAUUCAUUUCACAUUUGGAAGGCGUAGGUUAAACCCACCUAAAAAUUGCAACACAAACAUGUUGUAAAUUAUAUUGAAUAUAUAUACAAAUAAAAUAUAAUAUUACGUUAGGAUAAAAACAACACCUACCUAUUAUAUUUUCUGAUGUCAGUGAGAUUAUCAGAGCUACCUAUCUACCUAAAUAUACAUAACUUCUAUAAUAAAUAUACAAAUUAAUUUACAUUGUAUAAUUAUGACGUUUAUAGACGUCAGGUACAAUACAAUAAGUACAAUAGAUACCUAUAUAUUAUUAUUAUUAAAAUAUCUAAUAAUGUUACGCAUGAUGUUGAAAUACAAAUUAUUAUGCAAUUAAUACGUGUAUUAUCCAGGUCCAAUUAAAAUUGUAAAAAUUUCGUUACAAAAUAUAUUGAUUAUAAUAUUAUAUUAUAUAAUACUGAAACCCAUGGUUUAAAUCCAAACAAUGGUAUUUAAUUGCUGUACUUUAAAGUUAUUGGAGUAAAUAAUUGUAAGGUUCCUCUAUGUAUGAUGUUUUUUACUAGCAGAUAGUACCUAGUUGAUUUUUUGCUUUAAAAACGAGUUAAUAAAUUAGCAUAUCUAUACUAUACCUAUACUAUUUUGCUAAUGAGAUAGUGAGAUUUCGAAGGAUUCAAUUUUGGAGGAGGGUGGGGAUAAUAAUUUCAAAUUUCUGGAUAGGUUUUUUUAGUUCAUAAAUUAUUUAAUACUCAAACAAGUUUUUGGGAUAGUAAAAUACUAUAAUUAUAAGAAAAUACUUGAAAUUACGCAACUACUUAUUACAUAUAAUUCGUAAAAAAUCUCAAAUAUUAAGGGUUGUUAUAACUCCAAACAGCCUCCCCCCCCUUGUUGGCCCAUUGAGCAACUAUUGCUGUUCCACUGACUACUGAAGUGUAUUUUACACUAUUUACUAUCUCCGUGUAAACGAAUAUUACAUUAUCAGACAUACAACAGUGACAUGGUUGGAAAUCGUCCAAUCAUACAUUAUUAUUUAUUAUUUACUACAAGUAUUAUGUGUACAAUUAUUAUACUACACAAUUAACACGGACCAGGGGGGAUCUCGGACUUCCCCCUAGAUGCCACUGAUAUCAAAAGUAUAUUAUAAUAAACUAUUAAUAAUAUUAGCGAAAAAGUUGCUAAUAAAAAAUCACUGGGUAAACUUCCCUUUGGGUAUAAAGUAGGUGCCCGCCCAUCCAAUAUCUAAUAUGCUUAUAUUAAAUUAAAAUGGUAUAUGGCAUUGCUAUAAAAAAAAAGAUUUAAUAUAUUAUUUUUAUUAUUGAUUUUCGUAUAAGUGUAGUCAUAUAAUAAUAUUUCUGUUGGCUUAUUUUUUUUAUUGAUUUAACGAUAACAGUAGAUUUUUGAGUGACGCCUGUCAAUAAUAUUAAUAAGUGUAAUGUACCUACCUACUUACAAAAUAAUCGUUUCCAAUAUAUUUUCGAAAUCCACUAGAAAUAGCAAUUUAAUUAGAUUUUUGCAAUUUUCCUGUUAACACUUCAGUCGGCGUGAUCAACAGAGUUUUGCUUUUAAAACAUAUUUUAUGUUAACGAGAUACCUAAUUCGAGGGUAAGACGAAAAAAUCUAUAUUCCGGUUGCUACGGUAACACCGCAAAGUCGCACUGUACGAAAUAAUAAUAAACACAUAGAAAUCCACAUUCUGUACGAUUUAUACAAAACCAUAUUUACUAUAUUUAUUCUGUCAUAACAAUAUUAUAUUUUAUUAUAUUGAUAUUUUAUUAUAAGACAUAGUAUAUAGUAUGGUAAUAAUUUUAGUUGAAUUUACCGUCCUUGUGGAUAUAUUAUAUUAUAAUGUACCUAAUAUUAUAUAUUAUUAUUCUAAUAUAGCAUACAAAUAUUGUAAGUAACAUUUAUGUUUUGUUAUUAUAGUGAUUUUAUUAAUGUAUACAGAUAUUUUAAAUAAUACUUAAAGAAUUUAAUUAUUACAUUUUCUGAUUUUUGUAAAAUGUAUUGCCGUUUAACACGUGUGAUUAAUGUCUAUACCAUCUUCUUAUAAUUCUGUUAUUGAUAAUAAUUAGAUUAUUUGGAUUAAAACAAUAAUUUAAUAUUUCCAUUAAAAAUACAUAUAACAUUAAAAUAUGAGUGCUUACUAUCUAAGAUUUGACUAUUAUUAAACAAAAGUUAUUCAGUUAACAAGUUACAGUGGCUGCACCCGUCUUCACUAUCCUAGGACAUGUUUUUAAUUAUUUGGAUCCUAAUAUACUUUAUAAUUAAACCGUUGACAAUACGUUACUCGGAUGAUUAGUAUUAAUUAUCUAUACUAAUACAUUAUAAAGAGAAACGAUUUGUUUGUUUGUAAUGAAUAAGUUCAAAAAUUACUUAUUUUACAAUUUCUUUCCAUCUAUACAGAGCUAUAUUAUUAGCGAGUAACAUGGGCUGUAUAUUAUUUUCAACAAAAUUAGAGAUCCCUAAUUGCAAUAAUUAGGUUUUUAGGCAUUUUUAGUACGAAUAUGUAAUUUUUUAUUUAUUCAUGGGUUACUUUGGUUACAUUGAUGAUAAUUUGGUUGUCACGGACAAGAUAACUAUUAUUAUUACUACUAUUAUUUACACUAUUAUCUAGCUAUAACAAAGCAUUGUCGGGUCAGCUAGUAAAUAAUAAAUACCUAGUGCAUUUUUCAAAAAUAAAAUACCUACUAUAAACUGCUGAUAAAAAAAAUGUAAAAACAUGCGUCCGAAAAUAAACUAUUGUUUUCAGUCAAUAAAUUUUAACUUUUAAUUUAAAAAAAAAUGUUUUACUUCGUAUUAUACACGAAAUUAUUGUCAUUUCUGCUGCAAUUAAGUCAUAUUACGAUGCCUAGGUAGAAGUAGGAACCUAAAAAACAUAUCUGCUGAACUUUGAUACUAGAUUAGAAUUAUUUGUUCAAUAAUUUUAUUUAUAUGCACUUAUAUAAUUAUUGUGUUUGAAACAAUUUACUGCAGUAUAUUAUAGGUAUUCGUAUAUAGUUGAAUACAUUAUUUAACCUUGCCUACAAUUUUAAAAUAAAAUGAAAUAUACCUAACAUAGAUAGGUUACCUUGUCAUUUAUUUAUAUAUUCUUCGAUAGUACCUACUAUAUAAUUGUUGAAUUGUAUCUGUACUGAAUAGGUCCUAUUCAAAUUUGUAGGUACUCGUACAUGCGUGCGCAUAUUUGUUUUAAACAUUAUACUGGCAUUUAUGGAAAAAUCUUUUCAUCGUCCGUGUAACGACUAACGAGCAAUUAUAUAGUAUGUUAACUUAACUUAUACAAUAAAUUCAUAUGAUUGUGCAUAAUAUACAAGAGUACGUCUAUAGUAGCAGACUAAAAUACUCGUGCGUAAUCGCAAUUCGAAUCUUUAUUUAAUAUAAAUAUAAAAAAUGUCUAUAGUUAUUUUUUAAUUUGUUUUAAUCUAGGCCAGUUUAGUUAUACCUAAUAUUACUUGUAUUGUAUAGUGUGCAUGUGAGUUUUGUUAACUGCUCGAAAUUAAUUUGUCCUUAUGAUAAUAAUACUGUAAUUAAAAUAUACGAAAAAAAAAUUAGGGACUUAUGAAAUUGACAAGUAUAAAAUUGGUAGAUAUAUUAUAGGCAUGAAAUAAUCCGUAUACACAGACUUACGAUAAAUUUAAACUGGUAUACUAAGAUACGUAUAUUAUUGUAAUAUUAGCUAUAAAAAGUGAAAUUAACUUUUUACAAACCACUAUUGAACGACGUUAUAGAAUAUAGAAAUAUAGUGUAGGUAUAUAGUAUAUAGUGUAGGUAUAUAUAUACUUUGGUACCUAUGUGAAUUAAAAACAAAAAAUCAAAUUAAACAUACUAGUCACUGUUAUAAGUGGGAAGUUGGGAAGGUAGGAUACAUAAAGUUAUUUUAUUUAUAUCAGUAAGCAUGGAUAAACCAUUGGUGAUAUAAAUAAAAUGUGCCAUAAUUUUUUUUGCGAUUUUCGUUUAAAUUUGAUUUCAAUACGUUUAUUUAAAAAAAAAAUCGUCCGAUGAUUUUGGGAAAUUUUACCACGUCUAGGUAAGUCCAAUGUUAGUAUUAUAACUAAGUUUCAAGUUUCUAUGUGUAUUUAUAACUUCCCAAAAAUUAAAAUUCCUUAAAAGCUCAAAAAGGAUUCAAAAGUUUUGUCGAUAAUACAGUAAGAAAGUAAAUCAAAAAAAGUAUCUUGUGAUUUUUCGAUUAAAUCAUUUUUUCUGGUAGAAAAUGUCGUCCGUGUUUUUAUAAAAUAAUGAAAUCGAGAAAUUGUACGUUUUUCUACAUUUUUUCGCACUAGGUCUUUUAUUUAAAAAAUAUCGUCGAAAAUCAAAAAAUGUUUUUUCUAAAGCACAAUCUUGACAACUUGAGCUUUUAGAAAAGUUUCCGUUCGUAAAGAUCAGAACAGGUUUACUAGGAAAAAAAGGGGCCACAGACUAGAACAAAGAAAAAAAUAAACAGCAUUGUAGAAACCAAUACGCUCAAAAUCUAAAAUCAUAAAUUAAUAUAAUUAUAAUAAUAUUCUUAAUUUGUCUUUAAUAUUAUAUUUAAUGAAUACAAAUUAAUAUGAGGUAGGUAUUCGAUUUAAAUUUAAUUUAAAUCGAAUUGUAUUGUGUGUGACUGUUAAAAAAUAUAAAAUAAAAUCGACUAAACAUAUGACUAUGAUUAUCUACUACGCAAUUAUAAUAUAUUGAAUGCGCACUUUUUAAAAUUAUAAUUUAACAAAACAAAUAUAAACUUGAAUUUAUUUUGCUGAAAUCAACAUGCAAGGUAUUUAAAAUGAAAAUGUACGUCAUAAACUCCUAAUAAUUAGGCACCGAUAAUAAAUGUCAGACAAAAAAAUGCUAAGUAUCGUUUUAGGACUGGAUAAUUAAGUGCCGGUUUAUUGUUUACUGCAAAUUAGUAUUGAGUAAGUGUACAUAAAUAAACCAGAUUUUUGCAGUGUUGCAGUUUGAAUUAUACGCAAUUGCAUUUGUUUUAUUGGUAGGUACCUACCUACUUUCUUAUAUGUAUACCUACCUCAUUACUUCUAUUAAUCUGUUUUCCAUGUUAAAUAAUUCUAUAAUAAAACAAUAGGUUAUUGGACUGUUUGCUUAGAGUAAUUUUUAAUUAUAACCCUAUUAUACAUUAUAUGCAUACUAUUAUAUAUUAUACUCCUAGUAAAUCAAUAUAGUUACAUUAAAACAUAAGAAUACUAUAAUUAUUAUAGGUAUUUAGAUAAAUAAAAUUGUAUUUUGUUUUAUACUUACAAGUUACAAUUAAAAAAGAAAACAUAAAAAAACACCGAUAUUACAUCAUCAAGUAUAUAUUUAAUUUAAUCAUACACAUUUUUAAAUUUAAUGAAUCAACAAUCAAAUAGUUUUAUAAUAACGUAAAUACGUACAAUUUGCAUACAAUUAUUUUCGUUUCAAACCAAUUUAUAUAUUAGAUAAUAUAUACAACGUCCUAAUGAUUUAUUUUAUUGUUUGAUACUAUAUAAUAUUAUAGAAAAUUGUAAACCAUUUUUUUUUUAAUCAAAAUAAGUAAACAUUCCUAUUGAUUCCAAAAACAAAAUACUUGUAUCGUGCAGUCCGAUACAUUUACAAUGUUAUUUCGAUGUUUUUUUAUGUUUUUUUUUUUUUCAAUAUUGUUGUGUUAUAAAAUGUAGCCAAUUUUUAUUUUAAACCCGCAGGAUUUUCUAUUUCUGCGGGCUAUCUACCUAACACUAGUUUGACUGGUAUUGCUUUCUUUCUUGGCAAAGUAACCGGUUUUAAAAUGAUACACCUAACCACCAUUAUUUAUGGUAUUCGAAUUUGAUUCGAUAAGUUUUUACUUUUUAUAAUAUACGUAACAGCUAGACUUGCGGUGCAUAUGAUAGGUAGUUGUAUUAGCUUUUUUUAAUCAAUAAUAUAAUUGCGUCGAGAAAAUAAAAAUUCACCGUGUUCACCGCCGUAUACCUACCCAUUGAAAAAAAAAUAUUUUUUUUUUCCUUUUACGACUUAAAAAUAUCUAAACAAACAUCAAAAAUAUGCCUAGGCAUAUUUUUCAUACUUACCUAUGUCACGUAUUAAAUUGAACAUCUAAACAAAAAUUACUAAGAUAAUUGGCUAAUUUAUUACAUACACUUGUGUAAAUUUAUAACGAAUUACAAACACUCGCAUCUAUUAUUAUAAUAAUAAAAUAUUAUACAGCUAGCGGUAAUAUUGUAAAUAGAGACGAUCGCGAGUUCGUAUAGAUCGCGUGUAAAAUAUAGUGUAUGUAAGUUAAGUAUUCGACCCUCGUCAUUUUUGGCCGGCUUUGGACUUCGUCGUUCUCGUAUAUAGAAAUGUCCUAAUCGAUAACUGGCGCCACCGCUGGUAUAUCUCCUCGCACUCUAGUUUUACAGUCCCCCCAAAAACAUCCCGUCGUCAUCGUUGUCGUCGUCGUCGUCAUCGUUCGCAAUGUUUCUCGAAUGUAAAAUAUUUUUCUCGGUGUUUUAAUGUAAAUUUAAAAAAAUUCGCUCUCUCGUACACCUAUUUAAAUAGUAAAGAUUUUUACAUCGGCAUAUAAUAUAACACUCGGUGCACAAUAUUAUUCUCCUAUAUCCUAUACUCCGGGUUUUUUUUUUUUUAUCGUACAACAAAGAAUACCGAAGUAUCAUAACCCUAAUAUAAUAUAGGUGUAGGUACUUACCCGAGUAAACACGAUUUAUACCAUUAUCAUACGCGUACUAAGGUGAGUAAAUAAUAUCAUGAUUUUUUUUUUUUUAUUACAAUGUUUCAUAUACCUAUCAUAAAUCCUUUUUUGUAAUAGUCUUGAUAAUUGUUUUGUUUCGCUGUACUUGUAUCCGAACAAAUGAUGUGAUUAUAUUCACGUUAACGCAAUAAUAGUAGGUACCUCUAGGUCAUUUCACAGAUAUAGUAUACGUAUACGGCAUAAUAAUAAUAUACAUUGUAGUGUUGACAAAAUGAAUUAAACAUAUGUCAUACGCGUUAUACUGUAAUACUGUGGUAAUAAAUAUUAUAACAAAAAAAAAAUAAAUAAAAUAUUAUACUACGUCAUAGGACAGUCCUAAUCAGUCUGCAUUUAAUAUUUAUACUACAAUAAAAAUAUAUAAUUUACUGUUUAGGUACAUUUAUUUUAGAAAGAUUAUCCUCAAAACGAAAUGUUUGAACUGCAAUAAUUUUCCUUGAACUCGUUUAUUUUAUUUUGCAUUUAUAUAAAAAAAUUACUUUUAAAACUUUUAAAUAAUUAUUAUUGUCUAUAAUAUCAUAAUAUGUUAUUAUAAAUAUAGUAUUUAUAUAGUAUAAUUUUGUUAAAAAUAACGUCUUGGCGUCAAUCAAAUUUAAUUAUUUAUAAAUAGAUUAUAAAGUAAGAUUCUCUUAUAUAAUAUGGUAUAUAACAUAAUUUUAUUUAUUUUUACAGAUCAACCAUGCCGGGAUACGGAUUAUUGGAUACUUCUCCCAACUAUGCCAUCAACAAGGCGGUUGCGGCGAGGUUUCAGCAGCUACCUCAGCCCGAGGAUAAGGUGCAAGUCAUGUACGUGUGGAUUGACGGAACAGGUCAAAAUCUCAGAGCCAAAUCUCGAACAUUAGACUUCGUACCGACCAAACCCGAAGGUAUGCCAUGUGCGCCCACUUAUUACGACAAAAUUACGAAAUUAAAAAACCUACGAUAGUUAUUAUCGCAUAUAAUAUCAUCGCUUUCUGUACAAAAAAAAUGAAUUAGUUUGCUCUGGCACAACUACAUGAAUAAUUUUCCCUAACUAUAUAUGUAGGUAUUCAAAAAUUGAAAUCAUCAUCAUUAUAAUAUGGCUUCACAACUUUAAAAUAAUUUCAGCCAUUAUUGUUCCAUUGUUCCUCCAAUAAUCACUAUUUUGGAUCGUUUUUUUCCGUUUUUCACUAGAUCUUAUUAUAUUAUGUCCAUCUACCGUUUUCCGGCUUCUCUCUGGAUCUUCUUUCUUCUGGUUUCUAUUGCUCUAAAUUUGCUCGUUUCCUCAUUUCGAAAAUUGCAACUGAAAAAUAUAUUAAUAAUUACAAUAUUAUAGUAACUAAGCUAAUAUUGAUAAACAGAUAAUACAGAUAACCAUUUUAUUUAAAAUUAGGUCAUUCUCAUAACACAGGAUGUCUCAAUUAAAUUAGGAUAUCCUGAUAAUACAAACAAUUAGAUAGUUUUUCCCCCCAAUGUUACUGUGUGAAUAAAGUUAAUAUAAUAUUGUUGCGAGUAAAUUCAUAUCAUUUAUAACCCAUUGUAACUAAUUUAUAGUGAAGGUCUAAAUAGUUUGUUCUAACCUUGUAAUAUAGUAGUUUGUAAAAAUAAAAACUAAUACUGCUGAUGGGUGCGCCACUGUUGUAGAUGGGAAAUUUACAAGGCAAUAUGCAUAUAAAAUUAUUUAAUUUACACUUGUAGGUAACAAUAUACGAAAACCGAUUCUGUGUUAAGUUCAAUUAUACAUGAUUUGAAAGGCUGUAAUAUUUACGAUUUUCAACAAAACUUGAUCUUAAAACCAUUAUAUAAAUUUAAAAAAAAUGACUAUAUUACAUUUAAUUAAUAAUGAACCUCUUGUUAAAUAUUCAAGCAUUUCUGCCUGGUCAAAGUCAAACAAUUAUACCCAAAUAGUACUUAUCAAAUAAAAGAUAGGUAAAAAACUAGUAAACAUAAAAUGCCUAUAAAUAGCUCAAAAAUUGAACAUUUUACUACGUCUAGAAAAGGCCAAUAUAAAUUUGUUGUUAACAUUUCAAGUCACUACGUAUAUUUUAAACUGAAUUACACAAAAAAAAACAAAAACAAAAUUGAAAAUAAUGAAACCAUCAUUUCCGUAAAUUAUCCUGUUUUUUUUUACGUUGUUUUUGGUUAUGCUCAAUUAUUAAGGAAACUACCCAGUAAAUCAAAAAAGAUUUACUUAAAUUCUUUGAUUAAAUCAAUAUUUCUGGUAGAAAACAUAAUACGUAAAAAUUAAAAGUAAUGAAAUCUGUAACGCUGUAAAUAUUUGUCCGGUUUUCCUAUAAUUUUGUUCCCGGUUUUUUAAAAUUAUUUUGUGAAUGUCAGUCCAUAUAGCUUAAUUUUAUUACACGCCAUAACUUAAAAUAUUAUGUAUUUGACUUGUUCAUUGUAAAAAUAUAAUUUUUUCAGAUCUCCCGAUCUGGAAUUAUGAUGGAAGUUCCACAUAUCAAUCUCAAGGAGAAAAUUCCGAUACAUUUUUAUAUCCAGUAGCAAUUUUCAACGACCCGUUCAGGUUGGCACCGAAUAAACUCGUCAUGUGCGAAGCGUACAAACACGACCACACUCCAACUGGUAAUUAUUGUAAUAAAAAUCAUUAAAUAUUAUAAAUGAAAUUGAUUACUUAAAAAUCUUCAGAAUCUCUCCAUAAAUUUGAUUUUUAUUCGAUUUUCCUUACUCUUAAUAUUAUGUAGGCACUGAAAAUUUGAUUUGUAUUCUUUAAUAUAGGAACAAAUCACCGUAAAGCCGCUUUGGAAGUGAUGAUUAAAGCUGCGGACCAAAAACCGUGGUUUGGCAUCGAACAAGAAUACUCAUUGUUGGACACUGACGGCAAACCGUUCGGAUGGCCAAAGACUGGAUUCCCGGGACCACAGGUACAUUAUAAUAUUAUUAUCAUUAUACUAUGAUAAACUAAAAUAUAUAACUGAUCGACUCACCCUCAAAACAAAUUCUUGGACACGAUACUGCACUCGCCAAUAGUAAUUAUUGUUAUACAGGGUCUUACAAAUUACGGUCGAAUUUAAAUAGUAGGUAAUGGAGCGUUAUUCUAAGGUAUCGCGCCGCACUGCCACACAAAUGAUACGCCACUACUCUUCCCCUAUCCGAACUUAAAAGCAAAAUAUCUCGUUAACGGGUUGAUGGAAAUUAAAAGUAUUAACUCUAAAAAGUAUUUAAACUAAAACUAUAUCAAUUAAUGGAAUUUUUAAUAUAGGUUACUGUUUGAAAAUCAAAAGUGGAUAGUGGCCAAAAUAAAGGUCAUAAAAUAUAAGGACAAUAUAAUAUUUUAAAAUAUGUGAUUCCCAAAAGUUUGUACAUAUUAAGUAUUUGUUGAAAAAAUAAGUAUUUCAUGAUGGAAGAGUUGAGUGUGACACGAAAUUGGAAGACCCUGUAUAAUAUUAUAAUUAACUAUUCGGUGUAAAAUAAUUAUCACUGUACAAUUUAUGAAUAUUAUCAUUAUAGGGCCCGUACUAUUGCGGUGUCGGAGCUGAUAAAGUAUACGGACGUGACAUUGUCGAGGCUCAUUAUCGCGCAUGUCUGUACGCCGGAAUCAAUAUUUCUGGAGAGAACGCCGAAGUGAUGCCAGCUCAGGUACUUGUCGCACGAGUUUUUACUAGUUUUGCCUUGCAAAUAAAAUGCUGUUUUGUUUUUUCGUUUUAUAUAUUUUAUACACGUGUACUGUUUAUUGUCUGUACAUUUUAAUCGACGAAUAUGCUGUAUAUAUAUUCGAGGAUGACGAGGAGACUUGACUACUAUACCAGAAAUAACGUAUUCGACUGAUUUUUUAUAUUAUCUUAUCGUUAUCGUUAGCAUUAUAAUAUAAUCUAAUGCGUAUUAUCGUCGUUUGUUUAUUUUCAAAUAAUUCAAAUUUUGUUUUGUUGGCGAAUUUUUAUCGGUCUAAAAUCAUUUGUUCAUUUCGUAAUCUUUUUGUAAACGUUUUUUUAAAUACAGUAAUAAUAAUAACAAUAAUAAUAAUAAUAAUAAUAAUAAUAAUAAUAAUAAUAAUAAUAAUAAUAUGGUUAAUCGUUUUCUGGCAUAGAUACAUCUAGUUUAGGAAAAAUAUAUAUAUAUUUAUUUUUUUAUUGUUAUUAUUUAAUGAUAUAUUAACAUACUUUUUUAUGUCUCGAUAAAUUAUUUUAUAAAACCCACAGAUCUUUACAUUUUCAAACCAAUUUGAAGAACAAGACUGAUUGUUUGAUUAAUUCUUCAUUAUUGUAGGGAAGAGCUUCAGAAUAAAAAUAAAUUAACGUGAAACAAAGAAAAACUACUUUUUAAAUAUGUAUAAUGUGGAAAUUACAUCACACUUGUUUCUCAAACAAUGUCUAAAGAUUAUAUUUUAUAAGGACAAAUUAAAAUUCACUCACUAAUUAUCGUUUUUCUUUUUAUACGUUGUUAAUUUUCGAUAAACGAUCUCGUCGUAAAAAUCUAUUUACUAAAAUUAUUCGUGUGUAUUCAAAUAAUUUAUUCAUGCAUUUCAGUGGGAAUUUCAAGUCGGACCGUGUGAAGGUAUCAGCAUCGGCGAUCAUUUGUGGAUGGCUCGUUUCUUGUUACACCGUGUCGCUGAAGAAUUCGGUAUUGUGGUAACACUCGACCCGAAACCAGUACCGGGAGAUUGGAACGGAGCCGGUGCCCACUGUAACUUCUCCACCGAAGCUAUGAGAAAUAACAACGGAAUAAUGUAAGUAUACUUAUUUUUAUGUUUAACUAUCGAACUUACUCUUUCGAAAAAUUCAAAUAUUUAAAUGAUAACUCUCUCUGUGUUCCUGCAGUGAAAUCGAAAAGGCCAUUGACAAAUUAUCUAAGCAACAUAUGAGACACAUCAAGGCAUACGAUCCCAACGACGGCAAAGACAACGAACGUCGUUUAACUGGAAAACACGAGACUUCUUCCAUUUACGAUUUCUCGGCCGGUGAGUCUUUUAGUAUUCUAUCACUUCGUAUCUGUACAUUUGGACACGAAUAGGUUCAGCUACUCUUAUUCUCGCUCUCCGCGUCCCCAAAUAUUUAGAUAUUAUCAUAAUAAUUAUUAAAUAUCUAUGCUCACAUAGAUAAAUAUACAUGAUUUCAUAUAUCUUCUAACCUAAUUACCUUUAGAUACUUUUUUUGUGACAAUUUCAUAUUAUUGUUUUUUAAUAUUUCUCAAUAUGUUUAUUUGACGCCUCAAUGAAUAUUCUUUCUUGCUUUUUUCUACUAUUAAUUUUCCUACAUAUCCACACUACAUAUCAUCAGUUUUGAACCAGAUAAGUAUAUCAACCAAAAACAGAUUUUUUUUUAAAAUACAUAUUAAUCAAUUUAAUAGAAUAUCUAUACACAAUUUUGUAAAAAAAAAAACAAAAUUGUUUUUAACCUCUCCUGGAAAAGUUGCAUUUGCUGCAGGUUGACCAAAUAAUACCAAGUGAUUCCUACCUAUGUUUCUCUGAUUCCAAGUCAACGUUAUCUACCAAAUAAAAUUAUCAUAUUUCUGAAUACAAACAUUAAAAAAAACGGACGGACAUACUUGACAUACUAUGAGAAGUUAUGAAAGUAAAAUAAAAAGGAAUUUAAUUUAUGCCUGUACAACUAAUCAUUACUAAUGAAAAACAAUUCAGAGCGAAGUAUUGCUUUUUCAACAGUGUCCGUUUUCACGACAACAUUGAAUUUUUAAAAAAUAUUAAAAUCUUAAUAAGAACAAUAAAUAAAUAAAAACAGUUACCAAUGACAACCUUGUUUUUAAUCUUUUUUAACCUAAAGAACCAGUUUUUCCUCAUUAUCACGAAUAUUAAUGAGAAUUUCAAAAAAAUGUCCUUUCUAACGUACUAACUAGAAUCAAAAUGCAACGAAAAAAGGCUAUUGUCAUAUUUUGAUUGGAGCAAGAUUUCUAAGAGAAAUUUUUUACACAAUACGAAAAAAUAAAAACAUCAUUUCAGAAUCAAUGCAUUCCUCACUUCACUCAGAAUCUAAAAACAAACGAUUGAAUUAUUUAUUUUUAUGUUUUAGGUGUGGCUAACCGUGGAGCCAGUAUUCGUAUCCCCCGUGGAUGUGCCGAAGAGAAGAAAGGUUACUUGGAAGAUCGCAGACCGGCAUCAAAUUGCGAUCCAUACCGAGUAGCCGAAGUGAUCAUACGAACCGUGUGUCUGAACGAAUAAUGAUAUAUAUAGGAAAAAUAACAUAAUACAAUAUGCAAAAUAAUGUUAUCUCUAAACGCCUACCACCAUCACCCCAUGAUUAAAAUUAGGUUUAAAAAAAACAUCAUUUCUUACAUAUAAUUUUUUUUUUUUUUUUGGUGUGUUGUUACUUUAUAAUAUUUGUAUAUCAAAUAGAUAGAUAUAUAUAUAUAUAUAAUACAUUAUUAUUAUUUACCAUUUUUAUUAAUUUUACAAAUUCAAGACCAAAAACAAUAUUGCAUUUUGAUGAUUAAUGUCGUUCUACAUAGGACAUGUUGAUUUAUAUUUUUUUUUUUUUAUAAUACAUUAUAUACAUAAUAUUAUUAAAAUAGCUAUAUUGAAUAAGUAUAAAUAUAUAUCCAUCAUACAACGCCGCUUGAAAAGUCACAAAUAAUAUAAUGUAUUAUCGUGUGGAGGUAUUAUACAUUAUAUAACUAUAUAAAACUCUGUCUUGACUUUUAAUUCCUCCUACUUCGAGUAUUUGGCCCUAUUAAAUUGUAUAAGUAUAUAAUGUUUUUAAAUAUAUAAUAUUAUUCUAUACUGAUCACAUGACACACACUUUAAGUGUUUAAAUACAUAUACAAAAAGCCCGUUUUUCGCUACAAUACUGCAGGUAUUAUAAUAAAUUAUUUUGUCACCUUUGUAUAAUAAUAUUAUUAUUGUUGAACUAUUAUUAUUAUAACUAUACAUAUAUAUUAUAUUAAUGUGCUAUUGAAUUUUACAAUAAUUAUUAUUUUUGGGCAUAUGCAUUUUAUGAAAACUAUAUAUUUUUGUUAAUUUAAAAUCAUGAAAAAAAAAUUUGAGUACCUAUUUACAUAAUACGUAUUAUUAUUAUUAUCAUUUUUUAAACAAUCGCUAUUAUCCAAUAAAUAAUAGCGAUUGCACAAGACACACGAUGCCUAUAAAUUGUAUUUAUAAUAUAUAGGUACACGCAAUGCUGUAUUUAAGGUGUAUAUUGGGGGGGGGUAUAGUUUUUCUGAUGUUAGGGGACACUAAUUUUUCACGGAGACUGUAAACAAUUUUUCGGAAAAAUUAUAAAUUAUGUGAAUAAUUCAUAUAUUUCAUAUAUGGAGUGAUCAAUCUAUCAUAAAACACUCAUUAUCUCGGAAAGUGUUAAUUUUUUCUGGAAUUUGUUUUCUAGAAUAUUUAAGAAAAAAUAAACUGCUCUUCAAUUUUAUAUUUAUGUUACUUUUUGUCAUCCUUAUUUUUAGGGGGAAAACCACAAUCUAAUUUUGAUUUUCAAAUGACAACCUAUAUACAAAUUACAUAAAUUAAUGGAGUAUUAGUUCAAAUAAAUGUUGGUGUUUUUGAUUUUCGUCAAUCCAUUGACGAGAUAUUCCAUUUUUAAGUUUGGUUUGGAGGAGAGUAAUGGAGUAUCAUUUGUGUGGCGGUACGACGUGCGACGUGUUAAUAACCACUCUUCUCCAAUCCAAACUUCUGAAAGUAAAUCUGACUGGGAAGGUACUUUAGAGAGGUAAUUUUUCGAUUUUCCCAGGAGUUUUCUCAACAAAUGUAAAAAACCGAGAAAAAUAUAAGAAAAUCGGGUAAAGCGUAGAAAAAACGAGAAAAUCGGUACUAUUUUAAACAAAUAUUAUUUAAGAAAAUACAUUAUAACAAUAAUACCUAUUUAAUUAUUUUAUCAUAAUAUGUCAUAUACAUAUUGUUGACAGAGCAUCACUAUCAAUUGAACUCCGCUCAGAAUCGUUUUUAGUAAACAAUGGUUUAUUAUUGCUUACAUAUAGAUACAAAUUAAUUUACCCUUUUCAUUCCCAGCUUCUCACCAACAACAGUGGCUACAUUCAUCGUGCGAAGUAUAUAAAUCUUUUUUCCAUAUGUUGAUGUUGCUUUAAGAGCAUUGUAACUUGUAUGAUUUAGGCAUUACCCGAAUUACACAAAGUUCCUGUGUAAUUUGGCCUCCAACUGAAAAGUCUUUUUCUACACUUAGUCGAAUAAAAAAUUUAAGAUUAUCGGUCUUCAGAAAGUCCUAAUAGUCUUUCAGUUCUAAACAUAGAAGCUAUUUUCACAAAGUUUGAAUUAUACAGAUAUGAUAAAAACAAAUUGCAGCAAAACAAGCAAGAAAAAAAAAACUGGA